UGAACCAUUACUUAUAAUUACUUUUAACAAUGUUUUCAAAAGCGAUUUAGCUAGUCAUUUUAUGAUCAAUAAUCACAUCUUGCAUGAUUGCUAGCUAGCUUGCUAAUAUACAAUAGUCAGCUUGCUAGCUAGCUAACAAUUAUUGUGAUUUCGGGUGCAUAGAAAUGACAUCACUAAUAUUACAACUGCUGUUAACUAGCUAGCUAAUGUUGACGGGGAUUCCGUUUGUUUCAGUCUGUAGUUGCGUUCAAGACAAAACGUAGAUAGCUAGCUAGCAAACUGUUAGCAAGCUACAGACCCAAUAUCUAGCUAUAGCUAGUUAGCUUACUAAAAUGAUUGCAUAUGAUUAUGCUUAGCUAGCUAGCUAGUACAGUUAUAUUAAUCGAUGUAGUUAAGUAGCUAGUUGCGUUUUGAUUAAAGACAUUUUUUUCUUAACUAUUCGCUAACGUUACGAGUUUUGCCUGGCUAUAUCGAAAAUACUUUUAGACUAACGUUAGCUUCUCUUUUGCUGACAUUACCCUGUUAGCUAGCUAGCUAAGUUAGCUAAUUUAGAACAGGGCAAUUAUCCGCAGAAUCUUGAUCUAAACAUCUGAUUGAUCUAUUAUUGAUAGCAAAAAUAUCCUGUUGGCGUAAUCAGGAUUAGCUUGUUUAUUGAUAUUGUUUAUACUUAGCUAGGUAGCUAACUAGUGCAAUUAGUUAUUUUAAAAGAGCGAUUAUUCUCUUCAGCUUUGUGGUUCAAAAUGGAUGCUGCUUGGAGUAAUUUUCUGUUUCAGACUACACCCACCCAAACCCAAGUGGAAGCAACUCUCCAAUCAGACCUCCUCCCAGUCCUCACAGGCUCUGCCCAGAACCCACCCACAGAGCACAUAGCUCCACCUCCUUCCACAGUGGACACUGCUGCUCUGAAUGAAGAACCUUUACCUGUGAAGCCAGUGACUAGGCCAGCUCGCCCUGCCCAUAUCUGUCCCCUGUGUAACAAGCAGUUCAAGAACAGCUACAACCUGCGGCGUCACCAGUCAGUCCACACAGGGAUUCGCAUGAAGGACAAAGCUGCCAGAGAGAGGGAGGAAGGAGCGAAGGAGGGAGCAGCUGCAGCAGGAGGGCGAGUGGAGAGACAGACUGUCCCUCUUUCUUUGCUGCACCUGUCAGUACCUCCCCCUCUCCCCCCUCCUGCCAUGUCAGUUCCUCAUCCGCCUGCUCUGGGAAAUCAAGAUGGUGAAGUGGUUGCCAUGUCAAUCACUGCAGCCACUGUUGCCAUGGCUGCUCCACCUCCUCCUUCUGCUGCUGUAGUGGUUGCUGGGGCAACGGUGCAGCGCUCUGCGAACCCUAGCCCAAACCCAGUGCGCAAGAACCACGCCUGUGAAGCCUGUGGGAAAGCUUUCCGGGAUGUGUACCACCUGAACCGACAUCGCUUGUCCCACUCAGACGAGAAGCCUUACUCCUGCCCCAUCUGCCAGCAGCGCUUCAAGAGGAAGGACCGCAUGAGUUACCAUGUACGCUCACACCAAGGCGGGGUGGAGAAGCCGUACGUCUGCCCCCACUGUGCCAAGGGCUUCUCACGACCUGACCAUCUCAACAGUCAUGUUCGACAGGUCCACUCAAAGGAGAGACCCUUCAAAUGCGAGACCUGUGAGUCUGCAUUUGCAACACGGGACCGGCUGCGAGCUCACAUGAUCCGGCAUGAGGAGAAGGUGCCAUGUCACAUAUGCGGCAAGCUGCUGUCAGCUGCUUACAUCACUGAUCACAUGAGGGUGCACAACCAGUCACAGCACCAUGCUUGUCACCUCUGCAACCGCAGUUUUACUACUCUCACCUACCUUCGUGUGCAUGCACAAAAACACCAUGGUCAGGAGUGGAAGGAGAGUGGAGGUCAAAGAGGGGGGUUUGGGGGAACAGGACCUGGAGGUGUCCUGGUGUGUCAACUCUGCGGAGUGCACUGCAAGACCCCCACCCAGCUGCAAGGCCAUAUGGGUACUCACAACAACCCCCAGACCACUCCUAGCCCCAUUACCACUACCACAGUAUCCAGCAGCUCCAUCUCCCUGGGAAACAUGGUUUCUGGUCCCAGCGUGUUUGUUAGUGGAAACACAGGGGUGGGCCUGCUGGUUUCAGAUUGCUCUGGCAUAGCCCCCCAGUCCCACAGCUAGCAGGAAGGACAAGGGGAUAGGGGAGAGGGAACUGGCUGGAGGGUGAGACCAUGGACACCAGAGCAGUUUGUUGCUGUUCUUCACACCGAUCACUCAGCCAGCUGUAGAGGGGGAGGGGGCAGGUGCUGAAAGCAAUUAACAUGGAAUCCCAGUCGCUGUGCCCCCUACUUCCUCAGCCGACAUCUUGAAGAGAGAGAAAAACAGAGGAGUUGAAGAAACACUCAGAAAGUGGGGAAGAUGGAUCAUGUGAACUCAGUUAACAACAUGAAUUACGAUGGCUAACCUGGCUCAGCUGUGGAAAUGGAAAAGACAACAGUGCUGUUAUAUGGAAAAAUACAGUAAUCACAGUAUUAAGAUGUUGUCUGUAAGAAAGGGACUUGUUCCUUUUGGAGAGGUAACUAAUUAGUAUUGACAAAGAAACAAUAUACAAGCAGAAUGUACUGCUGUUCUUGGAAGGGGGUACUGUACUUCAUCACUUUGAUACAAGCCCAGUGGAUGUUUUAUUGAUGGAUUAGCCCAUUGAAUUAUGUUUUAUGAAUGCAUCAUAAAUGUAUUCUUAUAAACAAAAACAGGUCAGUGUUACAAUAUAUGUUGUAUACUGGGAUAUUUAUCCAGAAAUCAAAAUGAACUUUGUUCCUCUGUUGGUUUGGAUUUGACAGUGAAAGCGAGCAAACCAAGUAACAAGAAUGGAAUGUUUUGUGCCAUGCUUUUAUUAGAUCAAACUCUAUAGACAUGCCUCUCCUUUAGGAGCUUCUCCUCCUCCCACAACACAUCUUAAUGCCGACUGUAAUGCAUAUACAGUAUUUUACUAUUUUACACUGUAGGUAAUGGGACAUUUGACAAUAUAAUAGAAUGCAUAUAUAUAUUUAUAUUUGUAUAUUUCUCAACAGUAUGUAUCUGCAAACACUUAGAUUGAAAAGGUAUUGUUUUAAUGCUUCCUAAGACCAUGAUUAUUAAUGGAUGUUAUUCUUUUAUAAUUUUGACAAAGUUGAAAUGAGCUGAAAACUAAACAUUCUAAUAUUUGUGAAUACCUCUAUGUGAGAGGGUAUGACUGAGAGUGAGUGACCAUAAUUGUCAGUCUGUCCUGAAGCUUGUUUUACACUGCCCCUGUCCUUGUGUUGCUGUAAUACAAUGCUCCAUUAAUUAUUGUACAAACA